AUUGAAAAUUCCAAGGCUGAUCCUCCUAGCUGCCAACUUGAAGAAGUCUUCAGCUCGCACUCUUGAGUUUUCUGCAAGGCUGAAACUUCGCGUAGAUCCUGGAGACGUGAUUCCGAGAGUGGGCUCGAGAAGGGUGCGGACGCGCGAGUGGGACGAGUGGGGGUUUUCCGCAGAGCACUCAGCAUGGCAGCGCGGGGCGAGGCCGCCCAAGACUGGGCCAAGCCCGGUCUCGGAGGGCCGAGUCCUGCCCCGGUGGCCAGAGGGGACCACCGCUGUCGUGGCGCGUCCCCUUCAUCCCCUCGGGGCUCGGGCUGUUGUUGGCGAGCCCUGGCGUUGCAGCCUCUCCGGCGCUCGCCGCAACUCUCCUCCGCGUUGUGCGCGGGCUCCCUGUCCGUGCUGCUGGCGCUGCUGGUGAGGCUGGUCGGCGGGGAGGUCGGAGGCGAGCUGGAGUCGAGUCAGGAGGCGGCGGCCGAGGAGGAGGAGGAGGAAGGAGCCCGAGGGGGCGUCUUCCCGGGCCCUCGGGGAGGUGCUCCCGGGGGCGGCGCGCAGCUCAGCCCUUGGCUGCAGCCGGCCGCGCUGCUCUUCAGUCUCCUGUGCGCCUUCUUCUGGAUGGGCUUGUGCCUGCUGCGCGCCGGGGUGCGCCUGCCUCUGGCCGUCGCGCUGUUGGCCGCCUGCUGCGCCGGGGAAGCGCUGGUGCAGCUCUCCUUGGGCGUGGGGGACGGUCGCCUGCUGUCGCUACCCGCCGCGGGGGUCCUGCUCAGCUGCCUAGGUGGCGCGACAUGGCUGGUGCUGAGGCUGAGGCUGGGCGUCCUCAUGGUCGCUUUGACUAGCGCGCUCAGGACGGUGGCCCUGGUUUCUCUGGAGAGGUUCAAGGUCGCCUGGAGACCUUACCUGGCAUACUUGGCGGCCGUGCUUGGGCUGCUGCUGGCCAGGUACGCCGAGCAGCUCCUGCCGCAGUGCUCCGGGCCGGCUCCGCCCAGGGAGCGGUUUGGGUCCCAGUCGAGCGCGAGGACCAAGGAAGAGAUUCCGGGGUGGAAGAGGAGGAGGCGGUCCAGCUCGGUGGUGGCCGGCGAGAUGUCCGGCUGCAGUGGCAAGUCUCACCGGAGGACCUCCCUGCCCUGCAUACCCAGGGAGCAGCUCAUGGGCCAUUCAGAAUGGGACCACAAGAGAGGGUCACGAGGAUCCCAGUCAGGAACCAGCGUCACCGUGGAUAUUGCCGUGAUGGGCGAGGCGCAUGGCCUCAUUACCGACCUCCUGGCCGACCCUUCUCUGCCCCCGAAUGUGUGCACGUCCUUGAGGGCCGUGAGCAACCUGCUCAGUACCCAGCUCACCUUCCAGGCUAUCCACAAGCCCAGAGUGAACCCCACUGUGACCUUCAGUGAGAACUAUACCUGCUCCGACUCUGAGGAAGGCUUGGAGAAAGACAAGCUGGCCAUUCCCAAGCGCCUGAGAAGAAGUUUGCCUCCAGGCUUGCUGAGGAGAGUCUCAUCAACAUGGACAACUACCACCUCUGCCACAGGACUGCCCACCUUGGAGCCUGCGCCAGUGCGGAGGGACCGCAGCGCCAGCAUAAAGCCACACGAAGCCCCUUCACCCAGUGCUGUCAACCCUGACUCUUGGAAUGCCCCAGUGUUGAUGACUCUAACCAAAAGCAGGUCCUUCACUUCGUCCUAUGCUGUCUCUGCAGCUAACCACGUCAAAGCUAAAAAGCAAAACAGGCCAGGUGGCCUUGAUAAGAUUUCGCCCGUUCCCUCGCCCUCCUCCUCACCUCCUCAAGGAUCACCCGCCAGCAGUCCUGUCAGUGGCAUUGCUUCUGUACAGUUCCCGGAAUCCCCUGAAGUCACCACCAAACGAGGCCCUGGAUCUCACAGGGCCUUAACUUACACCCAGAGUGCCCCUGACCUGUCCCCUCAGAUCCCACCCCCACCUGUCAUAUGUAGCAGCUGUGGCAGACCUUACUCACAAGGGAAUCCUGCUGAUGGACCUUCAGAGAGAAGUGGCCCAGCCAUGCAGAAACCAAACAGAACAGAUGAUACUUCUCAAGUCACCUCUGACUAUGAGACCAACAACAACAGUGACAGCAGCGACAUCCUGCAGAAUGAAGAGGAAGCCGAGUGCCCGAGAGAGCCACUGAGGAAAGCAUCGGCUUGUGGCACCUAUACUCCCCAGACCAUGAUCUUCCUGGACAAACCGAUUCUUGCUCCAGAACCCCUGGUCAUGGAUAACCUGGACUCAAUUAUGGAUCAGUUGAACACCUGGAAUUUUCCAAUUUUUGAUUUAGUGGAAAACAUAGGAAGAAAAUGUGGCCGUAUUCUGAGCCAGGUGUCAUACAGACUCUUUGAAGACAUGGGGCUCUUUGAAGCCUUUAAAAUCCCGGUUAGGGAGUUUAUGAAUUACUUUCAUGCUUUGGAGAUCGGCUACAGGGACAUUCCUUAUCAUAACAGAAUCCACGCCACUGAUGUUUUGCACGCCGUGUGGUAUCUCACGACACAGCCGAUUCCUGGCCUCCCGAGUGUGAUUGGUGAUCACGGCUCGGCAAGUGACUCUGAUUCUGACAGUGGGUUUACACACGGACACAUGGGAUAUGUGUUUUCCAAAGCGUAUCAUGUGCCAGAUGACAAAUAUGGAUGCCUGUCUGGAAAUAUUCCAGCCCUGGAGUUGAUGGCCUUGUAUGUUGCUGCAGCCAUGCAUGACUACGAUCACCCAGGAAGGACAAAUGCUUUCCUGGUUGCCACUAGCGCCCCUCAGGCUGUGCUAUACAAUGACCGUUCCGUUCUGGAGAACCAUCACGCAGCUGCAGCCUGGAAUCUCUUCAUGUCCCGGCCGGAGUAUAACUUCUUAGUUAACCUGGACCAUGUGGAAUUUAAGCACUUCCGAUUCCUAGUCAUUGAAGCAAUUCUGGCUACUGACCUGAAGAAACACUUUGACUUUGUAGCCAAGUUUAAUGCCAAGGUGAACGAUGAUGUUGGGAUAGAUUGGACCAAUGAAAACGACCGUCUCCUGGUGUGUCAGAUGUGUAUAAAGUUGGCUGACAUCAACGGGCCUGCUAAAUGUAAGGACCUCCACCUGCGGUGGACGGAGGGCAUCGCCAGCGAGUUUUAUGAGCAGGGCGAUGAAGAAGCCAGCCUUGGUUUGCCCAUAAGCCCAUUUAUGGACCGCUCUGCCCCACAGCUGGCCAAUCUUCAGGAGUCCUUUAUCUCACACAUCGUGGGUCCUCUUUGCCACUCCUACGACUCUGCGGGUCUCAUGCCGGGAAAAUGGGUAGAUGACAGUGAUGAUUCAGGAGACACCGAUGACCCGGAAGAAGAGGAGGAAGAGGCUGAAACACCACAUGAGGAAGAAACCUGUGAAAACAGUGAAGCUCCCAGAAAGAAAAGUUUCAAAAGAAGGAGAAUCUACUGUCAAAUAACUCAGCACCUUCUGCAGAACCACAUGAUGUGGAAGAAAGUGAUUGAAGAGGAGCAGUGUUUAUCAGGCACAGAGAACCAGGCCCUGGACCAGGCGCCGCUGCAGCAUUCCUCAGAGCAAAUCCAGGCUAUCAAGGAGGAGGAGGAAGAGAAGGGGAAGCCAAGAGCAGAGGAAACCCUUGCUCCACAACCAGACCUGUGACCAUGGGUAGAACGAGCUGUGUUUGCAUACAGAAUGACUGUCUCAGACACUUUCUAAGCCAGCACAACACUUAGACACAACACUGUAGAAUACCAGAAGAUGGGCUAAAAUGGCUAAAGUGUUUGGGGGGACUCUUUACAUUUUGCGCGUUUAUUUUUACAGCGAAGGACAGCGCUGAAGACUCUGGCUCAAAGAAGCUUUUUCACUUUGCGACACCAGCGUCUAGAGAUCAUUUUAUAAGAAAGAAAUUACAUGUGUGUGUAUAAAUUCCCACAUAGGCUCAUGUAAGACUCGUAUUCACGCAUACACACCUGCACACUGAGAGAUAUAUAGAGGUCACUGUGACAUAAGAAAUCGUAAAGGACAAGAACUCACGAGGAAAUGUGCAGCUUAGAGAGGAAACAGAUGUAGGCUCCAGACUGGGCACCUUUUGUUCUCCCUGCUGAGGGGUGAACAUUCCAGAGCAUUGUUGGAAUUCUAAUGCAUACUGCCAACUCUGUGUGUGUGUGUGUGUGUGUGUGUGUGUGUGUGUGUGUGUGUGUGUGUGUGUGUGGAGAGAGAGAGAGAGAGAGAGAGAGAGAGAGAUCUUGUACAUGUGUAUGCAUGAGGAAAGGGAAAUGUUUGUGACUUUAGUUGUUCAUAGAAUAGCAGUAGCAGAUGAUGAAGUACAUGUAAACACACAGAAGGAAAUCUUUUCUUCAGUGUCUUUGAAUGAAUGGCAGCCCUCCUCUUAGCUUCUAAGAAGGUUCCUUAGCAGAGGGAGGGCCUGUGUGGACCACAUGAUUGGUACCACUGCUACCUGCCACUUGGGGGCGCUCUACCACCAGCCUCACACUCAGAAGACUAAGGCUUUCUGGUCUACCCUCACUUGAUGAAUGUAUAAGGGGCGUGUGUGAGUACACAUGUCACUCACUUAGGAUCAAUCACCAUGGAAGGGGAUGUUGUUCUUUAUUGGUGGAUACCCAAGAGGAGCUGGAAUCAGCUCUUCAUCAGGUCAGAGUUCUAAGAUGGCACUGGGGAAGUCCUGGGAAAGUACCUGUAGUAAUGAUACCCCAUGUCUUCUCAAUUGAAUGCUAGAUAAGUUGUAAUAAAGCAGAAAGUCAAAAGGAUGAAGGCAAAAUGUCAACUUAGGGUUUGGAAGUUGGCCUGGGGAAAGCUGCCCCUUGGCAAGUGUUGAAGAUUGUUUGCUCUGACAUCCCUGUUUGGUCUUCCAUAUACUGUGUGAAGGCAUAGCAUGGCUUUGUAGCCUGGUCCAUGGUCAUGCUCCUUUUUGAAAGGAAGAUGGGUGGGUGGGGGGUUAUUCUUUGAGGAUAGACUAUUGGAAGCUAUUUGUGUUAUUUUGUUUUGUUUUCUACACUUGUUUAUGCUGUGAGCCAAACCUCUAUUUAAAUAGUUGAUACUCACUUUCAAUAUUUUAUUGGAUAUUAUUACAUAUGUCAUGACUAGUUACCAUGAUGUAAAUAUAAAGAAUUUUUUUUUUGUUUCUGUAGAUAGCAAACUUUUUUUAAAGAAAAAAAAGGGGGAAAGGGAAACAUUUUAUAGUUAUAUUUUAAUCACCAUUUUAUACAUUGUAGCUAUCUCCAAGUCCAGGAGUUGGGUGAUGAUUUAUUGUGGGGUUUGAGAGCCACCAGCCAUCUGCCUACUCUAGUUUGAUUCAUGAUCUAAUACAGUUAUUUGCUGUUAAAUUAAGGAAUUGGAAAGAUGCAUCUUUUGCUAACUGAAUUAAUUUGAAGUCUUUCCCUGCCUGAUUUCCCUUCUUAAACAAAUUGUUAGCCUUUCUCCUAAACUCUAUUGCUUGUAGUUCAUGGUUCAGUUCUGUGUUCACAGAAUUCUAAUCAUAGACUCAGAGACCUGUGCAUAGAUUUCUACCUUUUUACAUCUUGGAUUAUUUACAUUAAAACUCCUUUUGUCUCCCAUACAUGGGUCACAUACCCUUCCCUUCAAAAUCAACAUUUAUGGUAAUUCACAGCAUUUUUCCAUUACAUAAAAAAUGAAAUAAAAAAUCAAAUAUUUCAAGGCAGAUCUUUUAGUUCAUAGGACAAUGCAAAGAAGAUGGGAAGGAUUCAGGCCUCACCCAAACAAUUAAAACAUGUCUCUGUAUAUUUCUGAGUUAAUACCAGGGCUUCAGCAUUUAGCAGAUCCUGAAUAAUUUUUCUUUCUUCAUGGUGCCCAUGUGUAUCUGUUUAUAAAUCUACUCUGAAGCAAGAACCCUUCUUCAGUGAAGGUAAAUAAAUGUAACCCUUGCCCUGCAAUAAAAAUGAUAGACAAAGCACUUACAUUCAUAUAUCCUUCAUUCAGUAGCUCAUCCAUAUCUUCCAGUGGAUGCGUGUCUCUAACAUAAGUAUAAAUAGUAAAAAAAAGCUAGGUGUGGAGUAAGGAUUGGCACAUCCAAUGUGAGUGUUUAUAUUGGAAGCUUGAAUAAAGUUGCAAAAUCUGCAUAGGAGUCAGGCUGGUUAUAUCAUGAGGAUCUCAGCAAACUGCCUAGUUUUGCUUGUUUUAAAGUACAUGAAGUAACAGGAUAAUGAACAAAGCAUUAGAAACUAUCUGUUCUAGAAUUUCGCUUAUUCAUCCAGGCAGAUUGAUUUUUUUUUCCCCUCAGCAAACAAGUUGCUGUUCUACUCAAACCAAAAGACAGCAAACUGAAAAGAAGGGUGGAAACCCACCAAGAGUGUGACCUAAAGAGCGACCUAAUAAUUCUCAAAGGGUAUCAAAUGACAUCAAAAGUAUUAUCAAUGAAUGAUGUUGUCCACCUUCUUGGCAACAGCAAUAUUACUGUAUUCACCUCCAACUUUAGAGUUAAUUAACUUCCUGUGGUGCCAAUGUGUUUGAUGUGAUUUACUACAGUUUUAUAUGAGCCUAUAUAGGUGCCAUUUGAUAAACUCAGGUCUCCCAGUGGAGAGGUCUCUACCCACUUAGGGAAAAGAUAGUUAUAUAGAUAGAUAGCCAUAACAUCAACGGUAGGAGAAAUUGGGAACCAGCUGCUCUCUGAGGAGUGAAAGCCUAAGUGUGUUCUGCAUGCUAUCCAUGAUAUUUUCAACAUUCACUGAAUGUCUUUAGAGUGAUCCAAGCAGACUGACCUUUUGAGUAGCAUUUCCUUAGUAGAAAUAACCCCUUUUUCCUGUUUUACUUAACUAUAAGAGAAAAAAAAUGUACUUGAUGAUGUAAGACCUGGUUUUGUUCUCAGUAGGACAUAAUACUCCAUAGUCAGUAUAUUGUCAUCUCCUGGCAUUAAGAGAAUCACCCCCGUUUGAAAACAGUAUCUGCCUUCCUCUAUUGUUGAGCCCCGUUCUGUUUAGGUUUUACUCCAGAGCAAGCAUUAAUCAUUACAGUCCUAGAGAAGCUAAGGAGAAGGAAGCAGAUGCCCUGUGGACUGCUUAGGAGCUGCAGAUAAUGACAAUUUCCCCCACCCCCACCCCCCACCCCCCACCCCCGUCGUGUGUCCUCUGGCCUUUCUUUCCCAGAGAACUUUCUUGAAGGUAAAAGCUGUGCAAAAGGCGUGAGACUCAGGCCUACUCUCCGUGUGUUAAAUGAUGGAAACGUAUAAAUUAUUCUCUAAGUAAUAAAAAUGCGAAGAUUAUCGUUGUAAAUAAAGUCUAAAGCUUGAAGUGA